AUGAGAAAGGCGCAAGAAUGGAGACGUGCUUUAGAGAAAGUGAGCGUUAUAGAUGGGAUGAAGUCAGAUGACUAUUGGCAUAUGUGGGAAAGCUGGGAUAGGUUUCUGCAACACACGGUCUCCUCCAAUCAGCUUCUUUCCUCUGUUCUGAAAUCCAAAACACAAGUUGUGGACGAUUAUGCUGGUAGUGUAAUGACAAAGAAAUGUUUUUAUAACAAAAAGGUUCUCGCUUUUGGUGUGGAUCAGUUAGGCCAACUAGCAAGAGUGGCUGGAAACAAAAACUGGUUUGGUUUGGGUAGCAGAAUCAUUGUCACAACAAGGGAUGAACGUCAGUUAGAGGAGCAUGACCAUGAACUAUAUGAUGAGUUUGCUGAGGGCCUUCUAGGAGGUUCAAACUUCGAUUCUCAUCCACCAUGUGUCGAUGGAUUCAGGAUAUGUGCUGGCUGCACAGGAAUAUUAGGCAUGGGCGGUAUUUAG